AUGAAGGCGGCAAAGGGCACCAAGCACGAAUCUUCCCCAUUUUCGAUCAACGAGAGUGAUGACGAACCAGAUCUCGCUGGGGAGGAGCACAAUGGGUGGCCCAGAGACGACUCACCCAUUAAAUCUCGCGAUUUCGAACGAGGAAAUCGGAAUGGCAACGAUACAGCGCAGCGCAAGGCCGGGGCUGAGGAAGAGCGAGGGUGGCGGGAUGUGUACCUCACAGUUGAGUUCCUGAACGUGCUCAUCAUGAGCGUAGCCUUCCUCCUCCUCUUCGCAGCCUACAACACCAUUCAGAACUAUGUCACCUCCCUGCUACCUGGCAACCUGGGCAAUGUGUCUCUGGGCGUGCUUUACGUGACGGUGGCCGUGACGGUGUUCCUGGCACCUGCCAUCGUCUACGCCUGCCGCGAGAAGUGGACCAUGGUCUUUGGUGCCCUUUGCUACGUGGUGUACAUGGCCUCGUUGAUAGAGAUCGUUGAGUGGGCGGUGCUCGGGGCGUCGGUGGUCAUCGGCUUCGGUGCGGCCACCCUCUGCUCCCCCAAGGGCAAGCGGGGCACCCACACCGGCAUCUUUUGGGGUCUAUUUCAGUUCAGUAACGUGUUCGGCAACCUGGCGGCCUACUUCGUGCUGCCUCACGUGUCGAAGGCGCUGCUGUUCGCCGUCUUCACGUCGGUCGGAGCGGCCGGCGCGGCGUCCCUCCUGUUCCUUCGCCGCAUCGCGGCCUACGAUCAGCAGCCGGCCUACCUGGCCGCGGGCAGCGACGACGAGGAGAAGGCCCGCCGACAAGAGACCAUCGAACUCGUCCCUCCCGGCAAGCCCAUCAGAGGAAUCGUCGGGAUGUGGCGGCGGGUGCGGGACGGCGCAGGGUUGGUGUACCGCUCGAUCUGGCUGGACGUGGUGGUGCUCUUCCCCGAUCCGCGCAUCCUCCUGCUGAGCCCCAUGUUCUUCUUGACCGGCUUCGAACUCGCCUUCUGGACCGGGGAAUUCCCCCAGCUCCUCGACCCCUCGACGAUCGGUCUGGUGCUCAUGUUCGCCGGCGUAGCCGAAGUGGUGGGCGGUCUGAUGGUGGGAUGGCUCUCUGACCGCCUGGGCCGUUCGUUCACGGUUCUCCUGGGAACCUUCUUCUACGCCACGGGCCUGCUGCUCACGUCGUACCUCAAGUACGGCUACUGGGAGUCGCCCACCCUGUUCGGAGCGCCUCUGUCCGCCUUCGCCGCCGCCUACUGCUUUGGCACGGGCGACUCAGCCUUCAACACACAGACCUACGCGGCGCUGGGGCAGCUGUUUCCCGAUCCGGAGAGGAAGAGCCUGGGUGCGUUCACGAUCUUCCAGUUCGUGCAGAACGUGGGAUCGGCGGUGGGCUUCUUCUACGCGCUGGCCCUGCCCCUCCACGGCGCCACCGGCACGCUGGCCCAGGCUUGGAUCCAGCUCGGCGUGCUCGGCCUUGCCUCCGUCCUCUUCGUCGCCGUCGAUUGGAUCUGGCUCCGCCGCGCCCUCCCCACAUAA